GUGACAUUGACAUUUAUAUUACUGUCAUCCAACUUCGCCUUCACUCGUAAUUGCAGAAUUAUUGUGCUCAUCUAGUAAUUCUUUAAAAAAAAUAAUUAUAAGUUUCAAUGUUUUAGGUCUAUUGUUUUAAAAUAUUAUUUCCACCAUGUUCCGCUAUAUUUUAGCUAUUUUGUUGAUAAAUACUUGCUAUCGCAGUUUGGGUAACCCCGUGUCUAGCCGUAAUAUUUCUACGUACCUAACUGGACUUGAGGUUCACUGUGAAAAUCCUUUCCUGAAUAAUUUAAUCAAGAGCAAGAUACAAGAAUGUUCUGUGACCGUGCCACCGUUUAGCGAAAAGCAAUUCCAGUGCCUGAUAUUCUAUGACAUGAGCAACCAAUUAUGUGCUGCUGUCAGCACAUCGCAGCUAACAUUAAACGAAGAUUAUUCUGCUAAAAUUAACGAAGAACAGGACGUCAACAGUCUCUGUGUGACCGCUAAGGAUUGGGAAUUCGGUAAUUUAAAUGAAUUUGCCCCAUACAAGGUAUCUCUUGAAAAAGUGUUCAAACAUCCUGUGACAUGUGGUAAAGUUUGCGGGGCGGAAGAGCUAACCAGCAACGACGCGAACUUCUUCUGUAAAUUCUUCAACUGGGGCUUAGGGACAUUAAAACCGCCUGUAGCUGAAAGUUCACAAAAAAGUACAAAUGUCAGUGCAACUGCAUCUGUCUCAGCACCAGUAGUAACCGAAGUUAAGAACGACGCCCCCGAUCAAUCUAUUGAGCCAAUGGAUAUCUCAAUUAAGGAUACAACUAGCGACAAAACUAAAGUGACCGCACAGUCAUUGCCAUCCGUGCCUGAAAAGGUCAGUGACCCCGGUGACAUAGAUAUUAAACCAGAUACAAUAACAACAUCAACUAAUAAGGUUUCAAGUCCUGUUGUGGCAAAUGUGGAGAAGGGUAAUGAAGCCAAACUUGACAAACCAUUGCUUGAGUCUGAGAAUGUAUCUGGUAAUGAUCAGAUAGAAAUGGCAGUAGAAAAUGUUGCCCAAGAUGACAAGGUAGGCAAAGCUGAGGUUACUGGUGACUUGGAACACAAAGAGCCUGUGGAAAACAAGAACUCUCAAGGUGAUGGAUUUGAUUAUCAGGAUGUUGAUGGAGAGUCCGAUGAGGGUAAGGAAGGUCCAUUAGAUGUGCAGGGUGGUGAUGACAAUGGUGAUCCCAUGACUGAUGAUACAAAACAUGAAAAAGAGCAAAGCAGGGCUGAUGAGCAUAAGGAGCCGAGUCUGUCUUCUUUCAACCAUGAAAUUGCUCAAGGAGAUUACUAUCACACGGUACAAGAUGGAUAUUCCGAUGGUGAUGAUGACCACUUCUUCACAUUUUUCCUGACUGCAGUCGUAAUGGUUAUCUUGAUUUAUGUCUUAUAUCACAACAAGAACAAAGUCAGCAAAGUGUUCUUCGGAUUAUUGCUCGAAGGACGCCAGUCAGGCAGACGUCGUAACAGCCGCGGGCAUGCCUACCGUCGCCUUGAUACGCUCGAACAAGCCAUGAGUACCAACACAGCUGCGCCGCCCAGUAAAAUUAUAUAUUGAAUGUAAAUUAUAAAUUUACACUGAAAUACAAUUUGAAAGGAGCAGUUGUGUAAGGAUAGCAAUCAUGUUUAAAGAGAAAUACUAUUGAGGUACAUGAUUGCGUUAUAAAUAAUGCUAUACAAGGUGUAUCUUCUGUACCUAUUCACAACUAUGGAAAGUGUUAUCAUUUAAAAGUAAUUUUUGAUUGUAAAUGUAGUAACGAUUAAAUUUAUUUCUUAGUUCCAUUAUAGAUAAUGUAAUAAGAUUGUGCUGAUUACAAAUUUGUCGGCUUAUAUCAUCUUUUUAAUAGUAUUGAUAGUAAGAUACAUUUAACGUCAGAAAAUAGAAUAAUAUAAGAAUCUUCUACUUUUUACGCGAGCAUUUUUGCUGUCCUUACACUCUAUUCUAAUUUUAUGUUUGUCUCAAUUUAGAACACAUGGUAGACGGGUGGUGUAGUGCGUAGUUAAUGUUUUCUACCGUUUGUAUACUUCAUUGCUACAAAGCCUAUUGUGAUAAUUGAGUUUGGGACCGGUUUCUGAACUGUCUGACAGCUAAGUAUUUGAUGGCGAUAUUGUUUGGAUUUUUAUCCAUAGGCAUAUUAUAGGUAUUUCUAAUUAUACUACAUUUUGUUUCUUCAUGAUACACACAUUCUUCUCUUAUGAAUUUAAAGUAAAGUUAAAUCGUGCCAACUGGCCAUAUUUAAAUUUAUUUUUAAUCAUUAAAUAAAUCCAAUUCUAAUAAUAAGCAAAGUGAAGAAAAGUAAAUAUUAGUUCUGAAAUCUAGCAUUGAUCGGCGAAGGGGCCAUAUAAUCCGAUUCCUGCCGGCUUCCCUUUCGUAAUUUAUGUAAAAUCUAAUUAUCAUCAGAAGGAUUUGCAGACGGCAUUCAUGCAUAUUAGUACAUGUAAGUUGUACCGGCUUCUCUUUUAGAAAAUAUCACCCUUCGUCACUACUAGCAUUAUUGAAAAUAUAUUUCUUUGUAACGUCUUGCACUCAUAAGGCCAGUCUUUGUUGUAAGAUUUAAUUCGGCUUUCUUCUAUUUAUGUUCCGCCUUUUUCGUUUAUGUUUUAAAUAAAUUAAAUAAGGCGUCUUUUAUGGCAAACUACACCACUUACUUCGAACGGAAGUUUGUAUCCGAAUUUAUUAACGCUUAAGAUCGGACGUUUAGUUAUGAUCAUAAAUAAAUACAGUAAAUAUAUUUGAGAUGUCUCUCUGUAAUGACACGGUAAUUGUUAGAGAACGCAAAAGUACAAUAUUAGGUUUUAAUAUAUUAUAUUUAGUGGAGUCUACAUCAGUGGUGGAGGGUCUUUAAAACCCGAUUCCUACCGGCUUCCCUUUCGUAAUUUAUGUAAAAUCUAAUUACCGUUAGAAGGAAUUACAGACCGCAUUCAUGCAUAUUAGUACCUAUAUGUUGUGUCGGGUUCUUUUUCGAAAAACGUCGCCUUUCGACACUGGUUUGCAUCAUUGAAAUUUUAAACAAUAUAUUAAAUCUAUUGUGUAGUUUAAACUGUGAUUUCUAUAAUUCCUUUUUAUAUUUUUAUUUUAAAUUGAACUUACAUACUUAAUUAUAUAGUCAUUAUAUUAAUUAGUUAAAUAAAUUUGUUUUAGAUCUCUUUCUGUUUAUGUUAGUAGCACACCUAGUUUCAACUAGACGCAAAUUGACUAAGGCUGGCUUUACAUCUGAAAAAUACUUUUCUAACGCUGAAUGUAUUUCAUUUUACGCUCUGUCAAAUUACUGCAGCUGUACGAACUAAUUAAUUUAUAUAAUCAUUUAUCAUAGAAUAAUAUUUGUAAUAGAAAUAAUCGUCGCUGGAACCACUAUGCAUGUAAACAAUUUUUCUCGCUUAAAUGUCAUAUUUUCAGUAACAUGAAUCAAAAUUAUAUGUUUGGACCAAGAAAAAUAAAAUGGUAUUUUCUUUUGGCCCGGGUUGUGAAUAGUAGCAAUAUAGACGUUAAGUAUUCGAUUAAAGCGAGUAUUAUCCUUUAGAAUUUAAUUUGUGUCGUCAUUUCGUUCACAUUGUACGCAUUCGUGAUGUUAUUUUUGUUUAUUUGUGGAGUGAGUCCUUAAAGGACUAGUGGUUAUUUGUAAGAUUAGAGAUAAUUUAUUUUACAUUAUAUUAAAUAAAAAUAUUAAAAUACAAAACUUUUGUUUUACCCAAUUAUGCUGUCCACGUUGGUAUUAGCUUACACUCGGUAUCGCUAUGGCAAUGUGUAUUGCCGGCUUUACAAUUUAUGUUUUGGCUUGUAACAAUAAAUUAAAUAAGUAA